AUGUCUGUUGCAAAUAACUACCUUAUGUUGCAGAUUUACUGGUGUCCUGUCUAUAACUGUGGCCUGAAUAUAGAGUAAAGAUGGACUCUGAGCCAGUGGCACAACCUCACCAGGAGGAAGAGAAGAUACUACCUGCUGCUGUCCGAGCUAAGAUAGAGCGCAAUAGACAAAGAGCAUUGAUGUUAAGACAAGCACGGCUUGCUAGCAGACCUUACCCAACUGGUGAAGGUAAUUACACCACAGGGAUGUCAACUUUCAAACCUCUUCCAAGGAUUGUUGAUUCUGGUGGAGGAUUCUUUAUAGAAGAGGAGCAAACCGAAGAGAAGCCAGUAGAAAAUGUGGUUCAUCAACCAGGUCCUGUACUGGAAUUUGAUUAUUUAAUUUGUGAGGAGUGCAACAAAGAUUUUAUGGAUUCAUAUUUAAGCAAUCACUUUGACUUGGCAGUAUGUGAUGCCUGCAGAGAUUCAGAAGAAAAGCACAAGCUUAUAACACGGACUGAAGCCAAAAGGGAGUACCUGCUAAAAGACUGUGAUAUUGAUAAACGGGAGCCCGUGCUGAAAUUCAUUUUGAAGAAAAACCCUCAAAAUUCUCAUUGGGGUGAUAUGAAGCUUUACUUAAAAUCGCAGAUAGUUAAACGCUCUUUAGAAGUAUGGGGCACUGAGGAAGCUCUUGAAGAAGCUAAAGAAGAUCGACAAGAUAACAGGAAUAAAAGGAAACAAAAGCGGUUUGACAAAAAAGUAAAAGAAUUGCGACAUGCUGUGCGCAGCAGCUUGUGGAGGAGAGACACCGCUGGUCACCAACAUGAGUAUGGUCCAGAGGAACAUAUUGAAGAGGACAUGUACAAAAAGACUUGCAAAACAUGUGGUCAUGUAUUAAAUUAUGAAAAAAUGUAA